CAUGAAAGGUGUGGUUUCAUUCUCUUUCCAAGUAGACCACGACACACAUUCUGGAAUCAUCCUUCCUUCCUUUACCUUACACUCUGUACACUACCUCCAGCCAGGAGAAGGUUCCUUGUACCAGUAUCUCUUUGUAGAACCAUUAAAAGAUCACGUGACUAAGAAUGGAAGAUCUAUAUGAAACGCUUGGUGUAUCUAAACAUGCAACUGAGUCUGAGAUUAGAAGAGCAUAUCAUCGACUAGCUAAGCAGUUCCAUCCGGAUAAGAAUCCGAUUGAUUCAGAAGGAGAGAAAUUCAAAUCGAUUCAAUUUGCGUAUGAAGUUUUAUCAGAUUCUCAUAAAAGAGAGAUGUACGACAGAUAUGGGAUUGAUGCCGUGAAGGAAAGUGGAGGUGCUUCUGGUUUUGGCGGAAUGGACGGAUUCUCAAGCAUGUUUGGUGGUGGGGACAUGUUCUCGAGUUUCUUUGACGGCGGACUCUUUGGAGGAGGAAGAAGUCGUCAAAAAAGCAAGAUGGAUUCCUUUGCCAUUCCACUAGAGGUCACUCUUGAAGAACUGUACAAUGGGACUACUAAACAAAUCGAAUUUAAACAUAAAGUCAUAUGUUCCUCGUGUUCUGGGACUGGUUCCAAGUCUGGCAAUAAUGUUAACUGUCGGAAGUGUCGCGGGUCAGGGAUCCAAGUGACCCAUAGACCAAUUGGACCGGGAAUGGUCCAACAGAUGAGGGGACCUUGUACUGACUGUGAAGGAACAGGAACUUUUGUAAAAGAGAAGGACAGGUGUAAGAAAUGUAAAGGAAAGCAAGUCAUUGAAGAGGAUUGUACGCUGGACGUAACAGUCUCUCCUGGAAUGUCACAUAAUCACAAGAUACCGAUGAGGGGAGCAGGGGACCAAUCGCCUGAUAUGGAGUCGGGUGAUGUCAUUGUGGUAUUACAAGAACAAGAACACUCAGUUUUCACAAGAAAGGGAAUUGAUCUUUUUGUGAAGAAGAAGCUUUCUGUAAUUGAUGCCCUCUGCGGCUGUACAUUUUACAUAGACCAUCUUGAUGGGCGGAAACUAGCAGUGACCAACCCACCUAGUCAAGUAUUGUUCCCGGGGUGCAUUAAAGGUUUGAGUGGUGAGGGAAUGAUGAGUCAGCGGCUUCACAUCAAAGGAAACCUUUACUUUGAAUUUGAGAUUGAUUUCCCGCCAGAAAACUUUAUCACUGAAGAUGAAAAAUUUGCAGAAUUAGAAGCCAUUUUACCAAGUAAAGACAACUCACUGGACAUUACUGAUGAUAUGGAACCAGUUGAUCUCCAUAAUCUUGAGAACACGAGAGGAUUAGGAGGAGGAGGGAGGGAGGGAGAUGAAGGAUCUUAUGUUGACCACGAUAUGGGGGGACAUGAUCACGGAGGAAUGCGCUGUGCUCAGCAAUAAAAAGACUAUAGUCUAAAAAUAUUAUUAUUAUUAUUAUUAUUAUUAUUAUUAUUAUUAUAUACUGUUAGCAAUGGACUUUAUAUUAUUGUCUGUUUGUACAUGUAUAGAAGUAAUAAAAAUUGGGUUUCUCUUUGUU